AUGGAUCCAUCAAACCCGGCGAAACAGGUAUCGACUGAAGAGCCGAGACUCCUUGAUUUUCCACACUUGCCAGAUGGUGCAUGUACGGCGGACGGCAAACCAAGACUGAACAAAUAUUCCUCUACGAUCACAAAGGAUCAUGACUUUCCCGGCGCUCAGGCAAUGCUUUAUGCAGCAGGGGUACCAGACCGGGACACAAUGCGGACCAGCCCACAGGUUGGUGUGGCGUCCGUCUGGUGGGAAGGAAACCCUUGCAAUAUGCACUUGCUGGACCUUGGGAAAACCGUAAAAGACUCUCUACUCAAAAAGGGUAUGCUAGGAUGGCAGUACAACACGAUCGGAGUGUCGGACGCUAUCACCAUGGGAGGAGAAGGCAUGCGCUUUUCCUUACAAAGUCGGGAGCUUAUUGCAGACAGCAUUGAGACAGUGACCUGCGCUCAACAUCACGAUGCUUGUAUCACUCUGCCUGGAUGCGAUAAGAACAUGCCCGGUUGUGUCAUGGCAAUGGCGAGGCACAAUCGGCCUUCGAUCAUGAUUUAUGGGGGAACCAUUGAGGUCGGGUACAGUGGUUUGCUGAGGAAGCCGAUCAACAUCUCUACAUGCUAUGAAGCAUCCGGGGCCUAUGUCUAUAAUUCGCUCAAACAGCCAGAAGACGGUGGCGACACCUCAAAGACGAAGGACGAGAUCAUGGAAGACAUCGAACAGCAUGCUUGUCCUGGUGCUGGAGCUUGCGGGGGGAUGUACACCGCCAACACAAUGGCCACAGCUAUCGAAUCCAUGGGACUUACAUUGCCUGGUUCAUCGUCCAAUCCGGCGACCUCUCCUGCAAAGAUGCGUGAAUGUGUAAAAGCGGCUGACGCAAUCAAAGUCUGCAUGGAGAAAAACAUUAAGCCGCGAGACCUCUUGACUAAUCGUUCCUUUGAAAAUGCUCUUGCCAUAACGAUGGCACUUGGCGGCUCCACGAAUGGUGUAGUCCAUUUUCUCGCUAUGGCAGCUACCGCCGGUUUAAACUUGACCCUUGAUGAUGUUCAGCGUGUGUCGGACAAGAUACCCUUCCUUGCAGACCUUGCCCCCUCCGGUAAACAUUACAUGGCAGACUUGUACUCCGUUGGUGGAGUGCCUGCAGUUCAAAAAUUACUCAUUGCAGCUGGCCUCCUCGAUGGGGGUAUUCCUACAGUCACAGGCAAGACCCUCGCCGAGAACGUCGCUUCCUUCCCUUCCCUCAAGCAGGAUCAGAUCAUCUUACGACCAUUAUCCAACCCUAUCAAGGCCACCGGUCACUUGCAGAUCCUCCGAGGCAAUCUCGCUCCUGGUGGAGCAGUCGCGAAAAUUACAGGAAAGGAAGGCAAUAGAUUUACCGGCGUUGCUCGCGUGUUCAACAAGGAGAACGCUCUGGACGCUGCACUUAGCAAGAAUGAGAUCCGCCGCUCACCCAACAUUGUGGCUAUCGUCCGUUAUGAGGGUCCAAAAGGUGGACCAGGUAUGCCAGAGCAACUGAAGGCGUCUGCGACUCUGAUGGGUGCAAAGUUGACGAAUGUGGCACUUGUGACGGACGGGAGAUACUCAGGGGCUAGUCACGGCUUCAUUGUCGGGCACGUUGUACCAGAAGCUGCGGUUGGAGGCCCAAUAGCAGUAGUAAGGGAUGGGGAUAUGGUCACCAUUGAUGCGGAGAAUAAACGGAUCGAUAUUGAAGGGAUAAGCGAGGAUGAGAUCAAGGAGAGGCUGAAAAGCUGGAAGAGACCAAAGCGAAUAGUCACUAGGGGAGUGCUUGCUAAGUACGAAGCUCUAGUUGGGGAUGCCAGCCACGGGUGUUUGACAGAUCAAUUCUGA